CUGGACGCCUUCAACGCGACGAGCCCCCUGCGCCCUGCAUGGGAACCCGUCGACGACCUCGUAGACUACGGUGGCUCUGCGGGGGGUUGGUACCUUGGCACGAACGGAACCAACGCCUCGGACGAUAACACCAACUACACCACUCAAGGGCAGGAGCAGAGUGGGGAGGUUCUGGUGCCAGUGCUGCCACCCUUCGAGCUGUGGCAGACGGUGCUCAUCGCUCUGUGCCUGGCGAUGUGCAUCGUACUCACUGUAGGCGGAAACAUCCUCGUACUGCUCGCCUUCAUCGUGGACCGAACAAUCCGGCAGCCUAGCAACUAUUUCAUUGCCUCACUAGCCGCCACUGACAUGCUCAUAGGUACCGUGUCCAUGCCGUUCUACACAGUGUACGUUCUUAUGGGGUACUGGAACCUGGGUCCCAUCCUGUGCGACCUCUGGCUGUCGGUGGACUACACGGUGUGCCUCGUGUCCCAGUACACGGUGCUUCUCAUCACAAUAGACCGAUUCUGCUCCGUGAAGAUCGCGGCCAAGUAUCGGAACUGGAGGACCAAAAACAGGGUAAUAUGGAUGGUAACUAUCACCUGGAUCAUCCCUGCCUUACUAUUCUUCAUCAGCAUUUUCGGCUGGGAGCACUUUGUAGGUUUCAGGGAUUUACUCCCAGGCCAGUGCGCGGUGCAGUUCCUCAAGGACCCGGUGUUUAACACGGCGCUGAUCAUUGGUUAUUACUGGACCACUCUCGUUGUCCAAAGUACUUUGUUGAGUCAGGAUAAACCCAAGUCGACUGGUGCAACGGAGGCGGGAAAUAAGGUGCAGACACACGGAGGACUGACGGUGAUACCAGCGGGUAGCGCUGCCAACAGCGGGGACUCUGCUUCGAGCCACAAGACGUCGUCAAACAAGACGACAGCCACCACGGCGACCACCACCACCACCACAGCGGAGACCACGAGCUUCUCGGAGCGCCGCGGAAUUACGUCUGUGGCAGGGACUCAGCAGAUCGAGGGCGAGCGGUCCAGCAGUCCGGCCUUCGAGUCCGACGAGGAAAGUACGACUGCGGUCAGUCGGCAACAGAGCUGGAAGGGGAAGAGAACUCAGACCCUCAAUACGAGCCGCGUAAAUGGCACCAUCCCAGUGAAGGUUCCGGAACACAUUACCCCUACUACCCCAAACCCAGAGCCACUGCCACAAAUCCCGGAACAGAGCCUUCUCGACACAGACAACCCUCCGGAAGAAUCCAACGCCUCUGACACGUUACCCCUCCAGCCAGCUCCCGUCUUUACCCCCAGUCCGCCUUCCCUUCAGGACACGUGCAGCGCCACCCAUCAAGUGGCCAUCAUCCCACCUCCUGAGCAAUUCCAAACGACUCCCCCCAUCACCGUGAACUUUUCGACAGAGAGGCCGCGCAGCCUGCUGGUUAGCACUGUGACAUACGACAUCCUUCUCGGGAUGGACGGAGCGGAUCUCCGCUAUAUGGACGAGAGCUCCAUUAUCGUGCCGUCUCCCAUCUUCGAGAGCCCUCCUUCAUCGCUGAGCAUUGCUAACGCCUCUUCCUCCACGGCCCCACCAUCCCCCGUGCACGCGAUGAACUCCAACGCCGUCAGCAACACCUCCCUACUACAAGCAGCGCUCAUCAGGGCUGCAGCUCAGCAGUCCUGUCACACCACUGCAAGCAACCCGUCCACCACAGUGGUGACUGUGAGCGAGCCUACCAUCAACAAGGUCAACACGGAAGUCAGCAUCAUCGGCGAAGAUCCGAAGCGGCCUGUGACGAGUGUCAUAGGCAGUUCCACCCAGGAGUUGUCGGAAGACGUCACGGUGAUAGAGAGGGAGGGACUGGAGAGACAGUCCGCCCUGGGCACAAACGUCACUCCCACCACAACCACCUCGAACUCACUGGGGCACCAGGCGCCCGGGCACUCGAAACCGGUGCCAGGCCAGCAUCAAGACGGUAGCGCUUGUAGGAAAGACUUCGUGAAGACGAUCGGCAAGAGGUUUAAAGGAAAACGGAAGAACAAGGACGCACUGACCAUCGGAAGACAGAAGUCAAAAUCUGAAAACCGCGCAAGGAAAGCUUUUCGCACCAUUUCGUUCAUUCUGGGGGCCUUCGUGGCGUGCUGGACGCCUUACCACAUCCUGGCGCUGGUCGAGGGCUUCUGCGCCAACCCUCCCUGCACCAACGAGCAUCUGUACAUGUUCUCGUAUUUCUUGUGCUACGCAAACAGUCCUAUGAACCCGUUCUGCUACGCAUUAGCAAACCAGCAGUUCAAGAAAACCUUCACGCGCAUUCUAAAGGGAGACCUGCACAUGACUUGAAGACCAAAAACAGAGAGAUAAUCCACUCUUAAAGUGGCUUCAUCCUUUAUAGAUCAUUUACAAACGCAGCAUCCCUGUUAUGUAACAAAUUUCAUCAACAGUUCGAAAGAAAUUUCACACACACACACACAGAAAUCCCGCAUCCUCACGGUGCCUUAGUUAGUGUCCUCUACUCAUCUAUUAAAAUUCACACGACCUUCAUUAACUCAUCCAAGACGCCGUUGGCAACACUGCUUAUUAGAAAUAAUAGCUGAUUAGUUCACAGGAAUUUUCAAUUGUUUGUAACAGACAACCAGCGCGGAAAUAUAAAACCAAAAUGUCUACCUGAAAAAAUUAGAUAGCUUAGUACUGUCGUCUGCAAUGUCACCCUGAAACAUUUCCACCCCACUUUUGAGGAUAUCACGUGGAAGAGCGAAGACUUUACGCUCGGUAGAUGAUCUGAUGUCCUCCGAAGUGUCUGAAUUCCCGGAGGAAACCAAAUGGCUUCAAUACUAAUGUGUCAGAAAAUUUCCUUCAUUCUUUAAUCACUUGUUGCUGAGAAAAUUAAGUUUAAGCUUUGUAGUUACAUUUCGGAACACUGUAUGUCUAGUGAGCUAGUGUGCUACGUGCUCACUGAACAUAAUCGACAAAUGAAUUCCUUUGACUCUACCUGCAGACUGUCUUUACGUUCGCUUUGAAUAUCCUACAGCGAAAGAUAAAUGAGAUUCAUUCAACAGCUCCCCUAGUUCAACACAGGAUAUACGAAGUUCAAAACAAUGCUGGUAACUUGUGGGACCUAAUGACAGUGUGUUCGUGUUUAAGUCUGUGUGUACGUGAGUGUGUGUUUCUCGCUUAGUAGCAUGAAAGUUUAAAUAGAAACAUGUCUAUGUACUUCUAUAGAGGAUCCAUAGGGCCUAAAAGUUAUUGAUGUUACAUACGUGUGCGAUAUAGAACUUCAUAUGUUUUAACAUGAAGUAUCACAGUAAGAAACAUAUUCUACUUUAUGUAAACCAACCAGUGCGUCGGUAAAUUUUAAGGAUGCUUCGUGUCGAUUGAACCCAAAGGACAGAAACACUAAGAUGUCGCGAGAUGUGGGCGAUUUCGUCCAUGGGGAAUGUACAAAUAAUAAACAAAUCCCCAACUGAACCCUCUAAAACCAAAUAGUAGUUAUUUCAAUAUUCCAAAUCGUAUAUUAUUUGUAAACAUCUUUGCUCUGUUCUUAAGAGCGAUGGUUUCGUUGUUACGAAACCAUCGCAUUUGGAAUUGUAACAUUGCUAAGCUUUCUGUCAAUUUACUUUUAACCAUGCUUGUACUCCAAGAAAGACCUCGUCACAAACACCACAAAGGAGGUUGUAAAAAUGUAAAUAAUUAUUUUAGUAAUUUAGAUAUUAGACAGAGGAAGAUCCGAUGCUGUGGAAUAUGUCCCUUAAUCAGAGACUGGUUCUAGUCACUUAAGUGUAAGGAGAACGCAACCUGUGUUACGUGAGCCACGAGUUGUCUACGUGGACGCGAAACAAAAUGUUUCUGGAAUUUUGUAACGUAUGCAAUAAGUUAAUUUGUGUUAAUUACAUAACAAUUUUAGUUUUGAUUUUUAAGUUACAAUUAAUUAACUUGCAUUAAAUUAGCUCGUUAAAAUUGAUUUUCCUAUGAAACGCUAGAGCGUUAACGAGGAAAAUACGAAAUGGUAGCGCAUUACAUUUCACACUCUACGCUUGAAAUAAAUUUGAUUUAUCGCCCUGAUGAUGGAGGUAGCUUGGACCUCUGAAACGCUGGUAAACAUCUACAAGACCACGUGGCCCUACUAUCUAGAAGAGCACCAUCUUCCUACUCACCGCCUUCAGAACCUCAGAUCCUAAAUUUAUGUUUCGUCAAUAUUAAUCUUCACAGAUAUUCUUGAAUGUUAUAUUUUAAGAAUUUAAAGUUUACUAAAAGAAAUUAUAUGUUUGAAAGAAUGCCCGUACAAUAUUUGACACUGAGGAAUGGUUUCCGAAAUAUUAUUCCCAAACUGUAGGAUAUUUUACAGUCUACUAUAAUAUGGUUAAAAUAUUAUUUAAUAAGCUAAACCUAAGGUGGUACACACGUAUAUUCGGCUAAAAGUAAUUAUACUCCACACGACCAUCCAUUUUCGAAUGAAAUUUAAUUUGUAUCUUUACGAAAAGUGUUGUUAUAAUGAAACAUGGUGAGUUAUUUUUUAAAUUUAACGUUAAUAAUGGCAUUCUGGUCUUUGAUACAGAUUAUGAAAUAAGAGCCUUAGUCUUUGAAGCAUAAUUUUGAAGGAAAUAAGAAUUGGAUUUAAAAUUUAUAUUCCACAACAUCACAACUUCCUUUAAUCAUAGUGGUGUGUUUAUAAUUAUAAAAUUAAAAGAAAAUGAUGUGCGCUGGCGAUAAUGCUUUAUAAAGCUGUUUCUUAUUUAUAUUAGGUUUCGGUUUGUAACUGAAAACAUAUUUCUAAGUGUCCUCGUAUCCAAGGAGUUGUACAUAAGUCGCUCAUUCUGUCACAGAAUUUUUUUAAUUCUAUGACAUUCGAAGAAAAUCCAAAUUCUUCGUUCACUGGACACACAGAAAUUGUUGCCAAAGAAAACCACAAGAUGGAGGCAGUUCGCUGACUUAGUGAGCCCUAAGUCAGCGUCCUCCUUACAUCUGCUAGAAAGUAGUUAAUAGUAUCGAUAUGUGUGAUCUUCAGUUCGAUAUAUCGUGUAAUAGAGCAUGUUCCUUGCGUCUAAAUUGCCCUCUGCAAGGGACAUAUAAUUAUUAUUAUUAAAUUAAAAUAAUUCCGUAAUAUUAUCAAUGACAAUUAAUCUAUAUACCGAUGUCUGUGUUUUAUAAAACCCACACAAAUCUGUAUAGAAUGUGAAUUUUUGCUAAUUAUUUAAAGAUAAUUCUUUGGUGUUCGGUAAAAUACGAUUAAGACAAUAGAAACUACUCUGAUUUUAAGUUCACUUACCGAGCAACAAGGAAUUCCCUUUUUUUUACUACAAACAUGAAAAUGUCCAAGUCAAUUUAACAGGUACGUCAGUUAUUUCAAAAUAAAUAAUUGCAUAUUUCAAAGAAUUUGCGGUACCAACGUUAAAACGUAAAAGUUUAAAAGAGCUGUAAGGUCUGAGAAGUGAAUAUACACCGCAGAUGAAGCAAAGGAUCGGCAGUGGAUGAAAGGACAAAGUGUUGACCGGCAAUUAAGUUCAGACGUCGGACACUCACGUCCGGCAAAAGUCGAACCUUUGUUUCUUAUUUCCACGUUAUCAAUAUAUUUUCGUACUUAUCAUAAACGUGGAGAAUUUCUUAGAAUGUCUAAUGUCGUAUAUAAGAAUGGCAAACAGUUACAACACUAAGUUAGACUAGUUCGUGUGUCAAAGCUGGGAACAUCAGAACAACAACAUCCUAUCAACUUGUUUUUCCAACAUUCCGUACAAACCGUAGAAAUCCAAUUAUAUAACAUUCUAAAGUAGGAUUAGAAUAAUUAGAUUUAAUUAAAUUAUUGGUAAGAUAAAUUUUAGCAAAUUAUGUGAUAAGGUACGUGACACUUACCAGGGCGAGAAGCCGUGAGUUCUUGUGGUUAAUGCAACAUUCUGCUUGUCUUAAUUUCCUUCCCUGGUAAAACCCAUGUACUCUCUCGCACGAUUUAUCUGAAAUAUAUGUAGAAGUAACAAGUUAUGUAUCAUCUGAAUGCAAAAAUCAGCUUUAUGGUUGUAAUACCUCAACAAGCUUGGACCAUUUCCUGAUCAUUAGAUGUCCUCUAGCACAGAUAACAUCCCUGUUACACAUAUCAUUUUGCAAUAAUUGUGUAUUCCUGUAUUCUCGCCCUAAAUCUCGAGUUACUGAACUUGACAAAAUGUCUAGGAUCGAGAAAUGAAAAUUCAGAUGGGAAAUCUGCCCCCCCCCCCCAACAACAACAACAACGCCGUUCGUGAAAAAGCGAACGGAUCCUUGCAUGCCGUGUUGUGAUGUCUCGCCUUAGCGACGCAGACUAGAAUUUUAACUUGUCACUAGUUUCACAAAUACUUGUAGGAUAAUAAGAAUUUAAUUAAAAUGUAUCACCGAAGCUUUCUUUCAAGUUUAGAUUUCCUCUAAACUUUUACAUUCUAUUUGAAAUAUUUUAAAUCCACAAUAAUGACACUUAAAACACAUUUUAAAUGCAAGUGAUUUUCUUAGUGUAAGAACCAGCAUCUCAUCAGAUUUUAUGACGCGGAAUAAGAGAAGUUCUUAGUCCACAAAUGAGUUCAGGCCAAUUUCAUAAAUGGGCCGUGUUCUUCAUCGGAGAAGAUCCGACACGAAACGUCGCUUUCUCGUGUAAAAAUUCGCAAUAACGAAAGAAACGAGAUUAUGAGAAAAACAUUAUUCUCAGGCACUUUUCCUUAAACAUUGGCCUUCGGUAAAAAAAAAAAAUUUAACAAGAUUUAAAAUCAGGAGUUUUUUUCCCCUGUGAAUAAUUUUUUUUAUUUUAUUUCCUAUUUAUAACUACAAUCAAACGAAAUUUAUACAGUUUCGUAUAUUCACACCUCCGUAUCUCAGAUUUUGACGUUCAAAAUUCUACACUGAAUUAAUAAUAAUCGUAUUUUCAGAUUGACAGUUAAAGGCCUACGUGUGUUUAAAUUGUUAUUUAUUUAACUUAAAAAUGACUUUCAGCUUCUCAGAUCAUUAAUUUCUUCAAGUUUCGUGUAAUAUUAAAUUACUUUUUCCUACUUACAGUGAACAUUAAGGAAAUCAGGCAAUUGACUUCAAAGCAUUGCGACGUAUGUACUAAGAACAGGAUUUUACAUAAAAUUUGAUUUAGUAAAUCAGUUAAAAUUUCUAAACAGCCAAACGAGAAUUUCAUGAUGACGGAAUGUAACAUCGCAUUUUAAUAUAAUGGAUUACUACGUUUCAAGAUCCGCCAUAAUUACAUCGGACAUUAUCCGAUUAUCUGACAGCUAUUCUUACAAACGAAACUCUAGACGGAUGACAAUUUAAGUUACAUCCGUACAUGUCUUAGCUAUUAUUCUUAACCACUGAGAAAUAAUGCAUCUUAAUAUGUGGCUGUGAGACCAAACUGAAUUCAAUGUUUCCUUCAAUGCACUUGAUUGAAUGAAUAUAAGUUAUAAAGACAUCUAUUUGAAAAAUUGCAGAAAAACUUACUUGUAGGCAACCCACCUCAGUAUCUCCUUCUUCCCAAUGCUACCAACAAAUAAACACAAAAUACCGAAGACAAUACAGACAUUUACCUGUCCACUUAAAAGACAAUCCUUGCACGGGAAGAUAAUUUUACAAAGUGCGGACUGUUGUGUUUAUAAGUUUCUAGUCAGGAUUGUGUAGAACAAAACACCUUCUGCUUUUUAUCAAUCAAAUAAAGUAAUAAAAUAAUUUAGAAACACUGUGAAUAAUUACGGCUUCAGUUGUGCAUGUAUUUGUAACAAUCCUACACUGCUCAUGACAUGUGUUGGCUAAGUGUUAUAAGGAAUCAAAACACAGAUGAUAAUAAAAUGAAUACAAUCUUAGUUUUAA